AUUGAACUUUACAGUACAGCAGUCUCUGGGUGUGUUUUGGUUCGAGCAGUUGCUUUCUUAUGCUAAAGUUUUUACUUUUUUUUUUACAGCAGAACAGUAAUUUGGAAGCUCACGAGGUAAAGUAACUUUUUAAACUUGAUAAAAGCAACGCACAUUUCAGUGGAAAAUGAAACUGUCAGAAGUCAAAAAGCUAAAAGUGGCCGAACUACGAGUCAUGCUCAAAGAGCGAGCACUGGACAUCAAAGGACUCAAGGCAGAACUUGUUGGGCGUUUGAUGUCCGCAUUCGAAGCUGAAUUGCAAGCUCCAGAAUCAAGCGAUCUUGGACAAGACAAGGGAGUCUCUGGUCUUGGAGAAGAGCCGAAGCCACAAGAUGACGAGUCACCCAGAGCAUCCACAGUGUUAGCGACGGAGAGAGAAGUCCCUCUACCGGGCGAGGAGGCAAAAGCCACUGGACACGAUGGAAACGUUGCAGGCGCAGCAAGUUCAGAGAUGAUGGUGAGACCURGAGCUGAUUGUUCUCCUACGGGUGCAGACACGGAGGCACCUACAAUUUCAGCAGCCAAACUUGAUAACACGUCAGCAAGUCAGUUGGAAGACCUGUGUGUAAUCAGCACUUUUACCGUGAGCCCGUGUGCAGAAACCACGGCAGACAAAGAAGGGUUGAUGGAGCAGACCUCGUUAAAUCAACAAGUARAGCAACAGCAACAUGUCACCCAAGAAGAGAGCGCUCAAGAACAGGGUGAGGAGGAACAUGCACGUGGAGUCUCCAAACGGACUGCCACACAGGAAGCAGAGGAGGAUAAAACGACAUCAAAUCAACAACUCAACACAACAAGCAUGAGCACCAGGCCCAUUCAAAACACAUUUAAUUCAUCACAGAUAUCACUGAUAGACAUCAUGUAUCAAGACACGAGUAUGUUGAUUGUUGGGCAGUCUAAAGAAGAUCAUGCAGGUUCAGCUGUGGAGGACAGAGUUGAGGAGGACAGUCUUUCCAUGGUGGCCCAGAGAGGGAGCAGCACUGCAUCCAGCCUCAGCCUGGGAUCUGUUUCUGUGACCAGUGACCAGACCAGCCAGGACACAGUGUUUCACAUGGACAAAGACAAGGAAAAUAGGGCUGGAGGUGGAGGGGAGAAGCGUGGGGUAAAGAGGCCUGCUCAGGGUGAGAUAACCAGAGGCAGGGCCUACUACGAAUUCAAGGAGGAGAUCCAGUACAACAGGGCCAAAUCCCCACCGCCUCAGCCUGAGAGUAAUGGUGUUGAUGCCGAGGAAGACGGAGGGAGGGUCAGACUAGACUCUUACGGCGGUGACCUGCACUUUGAGGUGGGCCGGGACGGCUGCAGCGGCCAGCCAAGGUUCUGGGAGCGCUUCCCUCUCCUGUGGUCUGGAUGCAGACUGACACACGGAACUCACCAGGGGAGGGUGGGCUUCGAGGCUAUGUUUGAGAAAAAGCUGGUGUCCCCAUCACUGGACUCCGAGGACCCUGAGCACCAUGGUCUGAGACUGGGCUGGUCAGUGGAGCGUUGGAACUCCAACCUGAUGCUCGGGGAUGAGGACUUGUCUUACGGUUACGACGCUAGGGGCAGAAAAGUGACGGCUGGGAAAGAGGAGGAGUUUGGAGAGCCCUUUUCAGAGGGCGAUGUCAUUGGCUGUUAUGCUUCUUUCUCUAAGGAGGAAGGAGUUGAGCUCUCCUUCCAUAAGAACGGUCGCCUUAUGGGAAUGGCGUUCCACCUGAGUCCGGCUGCUCUCUGCGGUUCUGUGUUGUACCCCCACGUCCUCUGCAAAAACACCUCUAUCACCCUCAACUUGGACCCCACCUCUCCCCCCUGGUACCCCAGCCCUGCAGGGUACACCCCCCUCUCCUCCCUGCCUGCUGGACAAAGGCUCAGUGCCCCAACCCCACCAACCUCCAAACUGCAGUGUGAGGUGUUGAUGAUGGUGGGUUCUGCCAGGGGCAGGUAAGACCCACUGGGCCAGGGCUCACAUGAAGCAAUACCCAGAGAAAGAGAUACCCCUGCUGGGCACCGCAGGCCUCCUACCCUGCAUGAA